UUAUAAUUUUCUCUUCGAUCUCAUCCUCUUGGAUUACUCUUUCCCUCCGCCAUUGACCGAACGCAACCAAGAGACGCUCCAUGGAUUCCUCUCCGCCGCCGCAGAUGCCGUCGCAGACUUCGUCUCGGAGCUGGAGCAUCUACGGCCGCGGCGAGAUCAUAGAGCGGUACGAGAUCCUCGGCCGGAUCGGCUCCGGCGCCUACGCCGACGUAUACCGCGGACGCCGCCGAUCCGACGGCCUGGUCGUCGCCCUAAAGGAGAUACAUGAUUACCAGAGCUCCUUCCGCGAGAUCGAGGCCCUCCAGGCCCUCCGCGGCGCCCCCAACGUGGUCGACCUCAUCGAGUACUUCUGGAACGAGGACGAAGAGGACGCCGUGCUCGUGCUGGAAUUCCUGCCCGCCGACCUAGGCGCCGUCAUCCUGGAGGCGAAGAGGGGUGGCGCGGGGAUUGCCAUCGGCGAGGUGAAGCAGUGGAUGCUCCAGAUUCUGCGGGGGGUCGAGGCCUGCCACCGGAGCUCGGUGGUGCAUCGCGACCUCAAGCCGUCGAACUUGUUGAUCUCGGCCGAUGGGGUUCUAAAGCUUGCGGAUUUCGGACAGUCGAUGAUGCUUCAGGAAACUAGAUUGACAUCCCUUGAUAUCAAUCCAGAGAACGAGACAUGGAUUCAGCAACAACCUACAAUUCAACACGAGGGGAAUGUAUCAUGGCCCGAGGAUCCAAGACCCGAGAACCAGAAUAUCCCAGGUCCUCGGCAUGUCAACGAAGAUGACUACAUGAAGGAUUUGUAUGGCAUGAGAGCAAAGAAUAUGAUGUACGACAGCGAUAAGGAUAUGAGUUUGCAAGACGGCGAUACAUCUUGUCUGGCCACCUGCAGUACAGGUGACAUCGAGGUAGAUCCCCUCAAGGGCUCUUAUACGUAUGAUGAGGCACAAGAUGAUAUAGUAGAUGAAUCUGGUGCUCUGACUUCAUGUGUUGGAACAAGGUGUUUUAGAGCUCCUGAGCUACUCUAUGGAUCGACAAGUUACGGACAAGAGGUCGACCUCUGGUCGCUAGGCUGUGUUUUUGCAGAGCUUCUCAGUUUAGAUCCUCUAUUUCCAGGGACGUCAGACAUAGAUCAACUGAGUAAAAUCAUCAGCGUAUUGGGUGACCUGACAGAAGAAACCUGGUCAGGUUGCUUAGACUUGCCUGAUUAUAACAAGAUCUCCUUCGGGAAGGUUGAUAGCCCGAUUGGCUUGGAAGCAUGCCUUCCCGACAGGUCUGCUGCUGAAGUUGAUCUUGUGAGGAGGCUGCUCAGCUACAAUCCUGCUGCUCGAGCUAUGGCGGCCGAGCUGCUCCAUGAUAGCUACUUUGCCGAAGAACCUCUGCCUGUGCCUGCGAGUGAGCUGAAGAUUCCAACCAAAGAAGAUAACAACGAGAGUUCUCCAGGGGAAUGAAUUUGGCAACGACUAUUGUGUCGGCCGUAAGUCAUUCAUAGUGAGUCCCCAGCAACGACCUUAUAUGUGAUUAGUUUCUACCGCGAUAUUAAGGAUUUAUAGGCCUAUCACCAAACAGACGGUGAAGUUUAGGCUAUGUUAACGAUGACAAUAACCAAAGAGGUGCCACACCGGUGGCACUUGUCAUUCAAAACAUAAAUCGACAGAUUUGGUUCUGUAGUGCAACAUUUUGUCCAAGUUAUCAAAUGAAACUGAGUAAUUACA